AUGAGCAAGGCUCCGAUCGCCAGCUCCUACCGGGCUCGAGCACACCGCCUUCUCCCUUACUGGCCACUUUGCAGGACGAAUCGGGAGCUGCUGCCCGUGCCCGGCGAGGCCGGGAGCCUGCUCCGGGGCAGCGCGGUGCCGUGCCGCGCUCCGGCCCGGUUCCCGCCGCCACCACCGCCGGGACAGCGGGCACGGACAGGGCGCGGGAUCGCUCCCGAGGCGGGAGCCGAGCGGGGAGGGCAUCUCGAACUCGCCGGGCGGAGCGGCGCAGGGGUCCCGCCGGAUCGCCCCGGGAGCCGGGGCCGGGCAGCGGGCGCAGUCCCCGGCGCUCCCGGGGUCAGGCUGCCGCGGCGCCCGCCGCUUCUCCUUUUCUUGGAUCCUCGCCUGUCUCCUCCCACAGAACGAGAGAGAGAGAGAGAAAAAAAAGGUCACGUAUGUUUGGAAAAAUAUGUAGGUCAGUGGAACAUUCCCUGCACUUGUGCACAGGAGCCGGGGCGGGAGAGCUCCUCCGCAGCCCUCUCGCUACCCACCGCCCCAGCCCGGCCCUCCCGGCGCCCACCGCGGGUAGGGGGGCGCCGAGCGCCGGGGUCCCUUUCCCCCUCCCUGACCCAUUUUGAGCAACACCCUCGCGUUUGGGCAGCCCCCGGCCCUCACCCCCCCGUAGCUCCCCCCGCUCCCUGCCGGAGAAGGCGACGAGCGGCGGAGGAAACCGGCACGGGAGAUCCUCUGCCGCCGGCGCCGCCGGCGGGCGGCGAUGAAGGGCCGGCGGAGAGGAUGCCCCCGCCUCGCCCGCCGGGCUCCAACUUCGCCGCGCGUCCAACUUAA